AUGCGUGGUGGGUCGUGGUUCUUAGCCUUGGUGGGCGCGUCGGCGAUACAGGCAUUGGCCUUAGAGAGGGAGACGCCUACCGAGUUUGGUCUUCGGGUUGAACAUAGGGGGAUUUUGAGAUCCGCAAAGAGUCGCCUUCUAUCAAUUUGGGAUGGUUUGAGUCUUUCAUCUGACAGUGAUCAUAAUGCCUUCAAGACAUAUACCUUGUUGGGAACAUCACCAGAGAACCCAGAUAUCCUCUUAAGAGCGCCCGAGGACGAGGUCUACUAUGCCUAUAAUGUGGAAGGCGACGAUUCGCCUUUGGCUACAAAGGAGAAGAUAUCUGAUGGCGACGAGAUCGAGAUUUCAACUGAGCUAUCUUCAGAUGCAAGCACUAUAUUAGAGAAAAAUAACACUGAUGAGGCCGGUGUUAGCAGGUUCAAGAAAUCCGUUGGCUCACAAAUUGGCGAAGAAGCCGGCCUGCGGUUGUCCUUUGCUAUUUUUAUUAUUUGGGCCUUCUUCUGUUGA